CCCAAACACAAUACCUCCAGUUUGCUACCUUUCCUCAAACACUUAGCUAGCUAGCGGCGAUACAUAACGAUGAAGAACCUCUUCUUGCUCUCCGCCUUGGCGGUCAUCAUUGUGAGUGCGAUGAUCGCCGGUAAAGCCACCGCGGCGGCGGAACCAAGGUGUGGUGCUUAUAAGAAAGCAUCGCAGCCCUGCAUGGCGUAUGUCCAGGGGAGCGCCGAAACCAUCCCUCAGGCGUGUUGCGAUCGGCUCAAAGGGUUUCUCGACGAUGCCAAAACGGAGCAGAGGAAGAAGAUAGCUGCCUGCAAAUGCGUCGCCGGUUCUGCUAGUAACCCCGCCUACAAGGAAGGUCGUGUUCAGAAAGUUGCCGACGCCUGCAGAUUCAAACUCCCACCGGCGGACUACGACUGCGACAGGUAAAUCAAUAAACAAAUAUAUGGGUUAUUGCAGGAAAUCAUUUUUAUGAAUUUGUGGUUGAUUAGCUUAACUUUUCCCGCAGCCUGUGAUUGAGGAGAGGCGUUCUAGCUAGCUGAAACAAAUUAAGCCAGGACGAGGGAAGGGGAAGAAUUAAAGAUGAUCAUGUAUGAGGAGGAGAGCUGCCGGAGGUGGCGUUCAAACACCUAAAAUAAAAAUCGUUAUUCACU